GUCAGCUUCAAGCAAGCCAUCACUACAAACUAUACCACUACCAACGUUUCCGUCAUCUGUUUCCUGGUUAUUUUUAAAAACGCAGAUUUUUCUAUGCGUUUGCACCUUUCGUCCACACGUAAACGGCGUUUUCGGUCACUGAAAAACGCCUGCCAGGGUGGAUACUUUCGAAAACUCCGUUUUUGUGGUUACGUGUGCACGAGGAAAACGUGAAAAACGCAGCGUCAAAGCUGAUCAGCAGGAGGAGAAGAGUCUGACGGAGCAGCAGAGGAACAUUUUCAGCCAUCUGGACUCAGCUGAGUCACUACAGAGGAAACAAUGAGCUCAACACAGAAGGACCAACAUGGAGCGAGAAGUCAGCGCUCUCAGGAGGCCGACAAACCUCACAGAACAAAGGGGGAGAAGAAAUACACCUGUGAUGAGUGUGGGAAAGAUUUUACUAGGAAGGAUUCACUAGAAACCCACCAACUCAUCCACACUGGAGAGAGACCGUUCAGCUGUGACGACUGUGGAAAGUCUUUUACCCAGUCUGGAAGCUUAAAAGCACACCAGCUCAUCCAUAGUGGAGUUAAAGCGUACAGCUGUGAUCAAUGUGGGAAGUGUUUUUCCUGGAAGGGUUCCCUAAAAAAGCACAAAUUCAUCCAUAGUGGAGUUAAAGUGUACAGCUGUGACGAGUGUGGGAAGGAUUUUCUUAGGAAGGCUUCACUACAAAUCCAUCAGGUCAUCCACACUGGAGAGAGACCGUUCAGCUGUGACGAGUGUGGACAGUCUUUUUCUCGGAAGGGUGAUCUAAAAAGACACCAACUCGUCCACAGUGGAGUUAAAGCGUACAGCUGUGAUCAGUGUGGCAGAGCUUUUACUCAGCGUAGCACCUUACAGAGUCAUCUAGUUACCCACUCUGUAAUUAAGGCAUACAGCUGUGACAUUUGUGGAAAAUCUUUCAGCCGGAUAGACAGCCGAAAUACACACCUACGCAUUCACACCAGACAUGAUGUGUACAGCUGUGGUCAGUGUGGCAAAGAGUUUGCUAGAGACGCAGAUCUACAACGUCACAUGUUUACCCACUCUGAGGAACUACCUUAUAAAUGUGACCUGUGCGAGAAGACUUUUAAAUCUCCACAUUACCUGAGACAACACCAACAGAUCCACACCAGAAAGAGACUCUACAAGUGCAGUUACUGUGAGAAGCAGAGCGACACAGAUGGAUCCAGUUCUCAACCCUGUCAUCGCUGUGGUGGUGGGAAAGACUUUCAUUGUGACCUUUGUGGAAAAACUUUCAGUCAUCCAAACACCCUAAAACUACAUCAACGUAGACACACUGGAGACAAAAUGAACUACUGCAAAGAAUGUGGGAAAGGCUUCCCCACAAAACGUGACUUAAAACGACAUGAACUCUUUCACAAUGGGGUCAAAAAGCAUCUCUGUGAUCAGUGUGGGUCAUCCUUCACCACUGCAGGUGAGCUUAAAAGACACAAACGUAUCCACACAGGAGAGAAACCAUACAAGUGCAGACACUGUGACAAAAGCUUCUCACAUUCAGAUAGUCGUAACUGCCAUGAACGUACACACAUGGAAGGAAACUACAGCUGUGACCAGUGUGACAAGAGCUUCAGGAAUUUCACUUCAUACUCCAAACACAAACGAUCCCACGUUACUAAUAAACUCUUUCACUGUUACCAAUGUGUCAAAAUAUUCACCUCAUUAUCUGCUCUGUGCAAACAUCAGCGUGAUCACUCCCAUCUCUCUGAAUCUGCAGAGACAGAAAGAUCCUCUUCUGGUUUCAGGGUCAGACUGAAAACCCUUGAGAUCAGGCUCCACAGAGUUCAGAGUGAGUCUCCUGUAAAGAUCUGAUGAGGGAGCUAUGAAUGAAAAUGUGCUUCGUUACAUUUUAAGCUUUCUAAACUGUUCUACUGUAGUGUUCGUGUUGAGUGGUUAGCUUUGUUCCAGCAGUUGAAUCAAAAAUCUGUUUCCUCUUAUUAUGUUUUUAUUGAAUGUAUUUUGAUCCAUGUGUUCUGCAGAUGUUUUUUGUUGGGUGUUUUUUUUGUUCAGGUUGUUUGUGUUAUGAAAUCCUUCAACAGUUAAACCAAAAUUUGA